UGUCAAAACAAAGUUGUAUUGUCUGCUAAAUGUUGUAAAAAGUGACUAAAAUAUUAAUAAAAUAAAGUAAAGAAUGAUUAUUGAAUGAAAUCUAAAUAGAAAAGUUAAUUGUCUAGUGUUUUCUAUGUGUUGUGUAUAGUUUUUACCAAUGACUUCGCUAUUAUCAGCUGAAUUAUCGGCAACUUGCAAUGCUUUAGGAACGUUCGAUAAAAAAACCGGCAAAUACUUAAUUGACGAUUUUACCCUUAAUACUGUGAAAGAUUUAAUUCGUUAUUUACGCCGUGAUGGCGAGGAUCAUGAAAUUCGUCGGCAUUUUGGUCAAACAAAGGUGCUGCAAACAGAUCUUAUUCCCAUGUUGAUUGACCACUGGGAGAAUACAGAACUAUUUGAUGUUACACUCAGACUUCUAGUUAACCUUACAAACCCAGCAUUACUGUUGUACCGAGAAGAAGUGCCUGUAGAAAGGACAGCAAGACAUAAUUAUCUACAGAUCUUAUCACAUUUACAAGCUUACAAAGAGGAAGCAUUCACCAAAGUUGAAACAUGGAACAUUUUUGCUAAGAAACUAGCUAAAGUUUUAGAAAUUGAUUGGACAGAAAGAGAUGAAGACACAGGACUUAUAAUUGAGAGGAUUUUGAUCCUAAUUAGAAAUGUACUACAUGUUCCCGCUGACUUAGAUAAAGAGAGGAGACCGGAGAAUGAUGCCAGUGUUCAUGACCAGGUUUUAUGGGGACUAAAUCAGUCAGGUAUCCUAGACAUAAUUCUGUACAUGUCAUCGGAAAACGAAAAGCAGUAUUUUAUGCACAUCCUAGAGAUCAUAUCUCAGUUGUUAAGAGAACAAAACCCGAGUAGCCUGGCUGACGCUGCUCUGCAGCGGAGUGUUGAUGAGAAACUCCGAGAUGACCAAGAACUACUUUCAAUUAGAAUGUCGGAAAGUAAACAAAGGAUUAACAAAAUUAAGCAAUAUUCUGGUACAAGGCAUUCCCGCUUUGGAGGCACUUAUGUAGUACAAAACAUGAAAUCAUUAUCAGACAACGAAAUCAUCUGCUUGAAACCAUUGAACAAAAUAUCUAAUUUAGAUUUUAAUGCUGGGAGUAAAAAAUCUAAAUUUGUUAAACCUAAAAAUAGAAGGCCUGUUGAAAGUGGUAUCUUAGAAAGGAGAUCCGCAUUUGCAAUUAGGUUAUUCCUAAAAGAGUUUUGCAUAGAAUUCUUAAACAGUUCCUACAAUCCGUUGAUGCAUUAUGUAAAAGAUGUAUUGGUGAGAGCUAAAGCCCAACAAAAUGAUGAGUCAUAUUACUUGUGGGCCGUGAAGUUCUUCAUGGAAUUUAACAGAGGACAUAACUUCCAGGUUGGAUUAGUAAGUGAAACAAUGUCAGUACCAAUGUUCCACUACGUACAGCAGCAAAUGGAGAAGUACUAUGACAUGAUAAAAGUUGAAAAGAAAAAGUUUACGGCCUGGGUGAGAAGGCUACACUUAGCUCUAAGAGCUUACAAGGAGUUGUUAAAUACUCUACUGGCCAUGGACAAAAGUACUGAUCCCACCGUCAAAGAAUCCGCAAAAGUUUUAAAAAGCAACAUUUUUUAUGUCUUGGAAUAUAGAGAAUUUAUCAUAGCAACGGUUUUGAAUUACGACGAAAAUAAAAUGCCGAGGUCUUACUUAGUGGAUUUAAUAGAAACAGUGCACUUGUUCCUAAAAAUGUUAGAACAUUACUGCAAGAAAACUGGCUUAGUUGUUCAAAAGAAAGUGAGAAAAAAGGCCAAAUCGAAACCAAAGAAACAAAAGGCGGUUGUACAAAAGCCUAAGGUUGCGUCCCCGGCGGUUUGGGAGGAGGUGAGGGCGCAGCUUGCCGCGGUCCUCAGUUCGGGCGUCGAGGAACAUCCGCCGCCCUUCGACGCCGCGUCCGACGUGCCCAUCGACCAACAAAAAGAGCAUUGCAUGAAAAACAUACAGAAAUUGAUGAAGGAUUACAAGUUUGAAGAAGCGGUUGGCAUGUUCAGAGCUGCGAGGGAAGUAUGGCCUGACGAAGGUAUAUUCGGUACAGCUGGAAUAACGGAAGAUGAAGAGCUGACGAUGCUUGAAACUGUUUACAACGCUGAACUAGAAGUAGAGACGACUGAGAAUGCCGAUGAUUUAAAUGAAACUCAAAAUUCGGAGUAUGAUGAAGAAGACGAAGAAGAUGAAGAAGAAAGGACUACAGCUGUCGUUGAAACCGACUUUGACUUCAAAGACUUUGUGAACAGAUUCUGUCACCCGCGAGUGGUGAGUGCGUGUGUGACUCUCUUGGAGAACUAUGACAAAAACCUGCCACACACGAACCACUGCAUAGCUAAGAUGUUGCAUAGAAUCGCCUGGGACUGUAAGCGGCCUAGCAUGAUGUUCCAGGCAUCCCUCUUCCUCAUAUUUCAGAAGAUACUCGACAAUCGAGUACCCCAGUUCAAGGAAUUGGAAAAGUUCGCUAUAUACAUAUUGAGGAAGUUCACAGAAGUUGCUUCGAAGAAUCCUAAAGUGUUUAUAGAGCUUUUGUUCUGGAAAAAUUCGAAAGAUUCUCUGGAUAUUGAAUAUGGAUAUGAUUUAUACACUGAUAACAGAGACAAACCCGGUAAAGGAGUUUGGUCCGAGGAGCAAGAGGAGGAACUCCGCAGGUUAUACAUGGAGAACCAAAGCAAUCCAGAAACUGAUCAGGAUGUAAUCGAUUGGAUUUUGGAGAACUUGAUUGAUCAGACGCGGACUAGACGUGGCGUGAUAAAGAAGUUGAAGGAAUUAGGACUGAUAUUCCGAGCACCGACCAAGCGCAGUCAUAAAGAGCCGGGCAGGGAGAAAGUACCUAAGACGUUCACCGAGGAGGAAGACCAAAUGCUCACCGAGCUGUGGGAACAAUUCAAAGAUGCACCCGAUCCAAUGGGCGUAAUAAUGCCGCGUAUGCCUCGCAAGCGUCAAAAGCGUAGCUUCGUCGACAGAUUACUGGAGUUAGGUAUGAUUCAAGACAAAAAAGAAUGUCGCAAAAAGAGACAAAAGAAAUCUGAUGGUAAAAGCAGUGGCGGAGAUGACGAUAAAUCGAACAGCGAAUCAUCAGACUCGGAAUCAGAUGAUAACUCGGGCUCCGAUAGCGAUGCACCGCCACAGCCCAUUAAAAAUAAACCAAGUAAAAACAAGAACGUUCCAAAACCCAAUAAAAAGCGAGAGAAGCAACAGAAACGAAUCGAGCUGACUGCUAAUGAGAUCGCUAAGCUCAUGGUACAAGCCGUCGACAGCGAUUUAACUGAAGCUUUGAAAUGGCUGGCGGAGAAUUUAGAAGAAGUUGCUUUGGACCAAGAGGCCGAGGGCUACGAUCCGGAGAGUGAGGGCGUGCCACUACUACCACUGUCUCAAGAGUCAGUCGACGCCAUGGAGAGUAAACUGUUCAAGAAAGUAUUGCUUGGGGUUGGGGUGGUGCCACCUUUUGAUGAACAGGAAAAAUACUGGAGAAUACCGAGCACCUUGCACUUUGAGACAAUCAGGAAACGACGCGAGAUAAUUAUAAAAGCUAUUCACAAAGAACUUUUAAUCGACACUAGUGAAGCGGCCGAGGUGACGCCCGCCGUAGACAUAGCAGAAAAAGAAGAAUCGAGUGAUGACGACGACUUGUUCGAUAAUUUGAGAAAGAUGCGAGAUAAUAAUGAAAUGGUUCCCAAUAAAAGUGUCGGUACGAAAUCCAAUGAGAUAACACGUAAUCGGAAACGCACCCGCAGCGAGUCUGACGACGACGCCGAUAACAGUCGAGGGAAAAUGCAGAUAAUUGAUGAAGCAGACGAAAGUGUAGCGAAUAAUGACGACGAUGACGAUAUACUGUCGUUCGCUAAACGAACUCUACAACACGAGGAACUGCCGGACAGCGAGGAUAUUAUAAGCAAUAUUCCUAAAUUGGACAGCGAUAACAGCAGUACUGAAGAUAAUGACGAGAUAAUUGUGUCGUCGAGGGAUAAAAAGAAGCGUAGAAUAGUUAUCGACGAUGAUUCAGAUUAAAAUGUUCAUCAUAAUUCUUUUGUAUUUAUAUUUUAUUGUAAGUUGAUCUUCAAAAUAAAGACUAUGUU